CUGCCACAUGUCACCAUGGCAGUAUCUCUUGGCCCUUUAUCUGAUCUGAGGGUAGAACUUACACUCACGGAAAUCAACCAGGAGCUUCAGUUGUAGCUGGCAAAGAAGAAGCAGGACUUCCAAGACCUCCCAGAGAAAUUCCUUGUAUCCCAAGCUACUGCCUACUCCCUGGCCAACCAGCUGCAGAAAUACAAGUAUGAAGCAUUUAAGGACAUCAUUGAAUCUGUGCUGGGGGAGAAGCUGCUGUUUGAGGCGCUGAGGCUAGCAGAGAAGCUGGCAGAGAAGCCCACGCAAGCUGAGAGGACAUGUGAUACCCUAACUCGAAGUCAGGCACGAGAGCUGACCCAGUUACGGCGGACAUUACGGGAAGUGAAAGAUGACACUGUCCUACUCCAGCAGCACCUCAAGGACCUCCUCACCCACAACGACCUUGACAACCACCAGGGGCAGGGCUUCUAAGAGCGGCUGACUGAGGGACACAGGCUGGCAGAGCACCUUGCCCACAAGCUCAGCCCAGCUAAGGGGGCCACAGUACCUGAUAACACUGAGCUCUGCUCCAAGGUCCCCUGCUCACAAGAGACUCCACACCUGGUCACAGAAAGAACAGUGAGGUCAAGAGAGUCACAGAUGCCAGACGCAAGGAGAAGCAGAACUGCAGACUGUAUUGAUUUACUUCGCUCAACCCACAUGGAAAUGGCCGUGUUAACUUGGUCGUCUGUUGUCUCCGUGCUACUUGUAUGUACGACCCAAGGUGAAUGCACCACCCUUAGGAUUUCCUGCACACACAGAGAAUAUCUGUUCUCUCCUAAAGGAACUCCAAGUGUGGAGCUGCAGGAGGUUGAAAAGAAGGAAGUGCCUCAGGAAUCCCAGGAUGAAUGUGUUUUGACUCCUUCAAUUCUCCAAGCAAGUUCUGACUGCAACCAGCCUUACGACAAUCAAAAUGAUCAUAAACAAGUGGAUGGACAAGAGCCAGUCCCCCAGGAUGUUGAAAAGAAGGAAGUGCUCCAGGAAUCCCAAGAUGAAUGUGUUCUGGCUCCUUCAACUCCCCAGGAAGGUUCUAACUGCUACCAGCCUUACACUGAUGAAAAAUUUGCAUUUGAUGAAGAGAAAGUGAGGUCUGCUCUGGAUGGAGCCUGUGGUUGCUCCCAUGCUAAAGAGGAUGAAAUUUCAACUGGUCUCCCAGAAAACCAAACUGAUCACAGUGACCCGCAAGGACCAGUGGCUAUUGCCACAAGGUAA